CUGACUGACUGCUGAGAGCGAUAUCCAAUCCAGAUAGAGAGAUGGAGAGAUACAGCUAGCUAGGCAACCACCACCUACUUGACCGUUCCACUCGUCCUUGUUUGUUCUUGUCUUCUCGCCUCGGCUCUCUAUCCCCCCCUCCACCACACAGACAUGCAGCCCUUCUCGCUUAUCUAUCGACACUCAGCCAGGUAGGCAGGUAGGCAGGCCAUUCACCGUUCGUCCACUCAGUGGGUACACACAGACAGACUGUUCGUGUGGCUGGGCUGUGGGCGCUUAGAAAAAGGCGGGCGGAGGAUGUGUGUGUGUGUGGAUGGCUGGAAGGGACUGGUGAAAGCAAAACAUGUGUGUGUGUGUGUGUGUGUCUGUGUGGCAGGUGGGUGAAAAAAGUGAUUGCCUCAUCUUAUAUAUACAGACAUCAGACGAGCACACGUGGAUGGGAUGCACACACACAGACACAUCACAGACAGCUUUAACGUCACCGAUCCACCCAACAAAAACAAAGGCGUUGCCCGUCUGUCUGUCACUCGGUCAGUCAGUCAAUCUACCCAUCCUCUCCCUCAUUCCACCCACCUUGGUAUCUACUUCUACUCCCCAUAACUCUUCGGGGCAGCAGACAACAACUCUGCAAGAACCACACCCAAAACACACACAUUUUUUGUGAGCGAAUCCGCCCGCCUCUUUCUCUCUUGCUUUCCCUCCCUCCCUGACCGCUCUCGGUGGCUCUGUAGGGGCUCAGUUGUGGCAUGGAACUUGCUACCGCACUGACCCCCAGGGGGAACUGCCUGGUGAGAGCAGCUGGUGGUGUGGAUGGGUACGGGACGGCCACUGCCACCGGCAUGGGCACCCAUGCAGUCCCGCAGUACCAUCCAGUGUCGCCCCCGUCGGUCGCCGGCACCAGCAUCGCCGGGUCCAGCGACGCUGCAGCCCGCAGCGACAGCCGCGGGGAGGGCGACGUGGGCAGCGAGUGUGAGUAUGCUGGCGGUGGCGCUGGCGGGGGCAGCAGGGGGGGCUGUGGUCCCUGCAGUGGGUGGGGGAGUGGGUCGCUGGGUGUGGAUGGGGGGUAAGGGUACGGCUGCAUGGCGCAGGGCGACCCGUCGCUGGGGAAGUCGCGCCCAUCGCUGCUCGUGGACGGGUACAUCUCCGACGAGCUCGACAUUUGGAUGGUCGACGGCUCCGACGGCAGCAGGCGGUGCCGCCCGGCCGGCCUCACCGGUCCCCCAUUUCCGUGCAUGCUCCACCGCCUCCCCUUGCCGCGGGGGAGCGGGGGCAGCAGCAGGUCGCGGGGCGACGAGUUGCCCGAUCCUAAGGACGACAGCGGCUGCUUGGUCAGCACCAGGUUGGGCACCGACGACGCGGGCGAGGCUGUGCCAAACAUGGUGGCCGGCGUGCUGGCGCUGUGCCCGAACGGCGAUUUGUGGGGGCUGAGGUACUUGACGUCCUCUGUGGAUGGCGGCUGCUUCGGCUUGGCGGGCUGCAUCGGGGGACUCGGGGGCGGCGUGCAGAUGCGCAGCUGCAGCUGCACAGGUGGCUUGUUGCGGGGUGCCGGUGGGAGAGGGGGCGCGUGCUUGGGCUGGGGCGUGUGUCUGCAGGUGACCUUGGCGCUGGCCGUGACUGGGGGUGGUGGUGUGGUUGCGCCGUCGCAUGAGGAUGAGCUGCUGCUGCACAGGGUGGACGUCGAUGUGCUUUGGUCGCUGUUGACUUUGAUGAUGCGGCCGGAGAACGGAAAACCGGUCGGUAAAGCGUCAUUCAACUCGGCCUCACCGUGGGCCCUGAACACAGACAGGACAGCCAGGCAGGCAGGCAGACACAAAAGAUCGAUCGAUACAGCAAGCCAAAUCAGUCCUGAGGGCGUGUGUCCAGCAUACAUACCAUCUGCAGUCUCUGUUGAUGCACUCUCCCUCCAGCCAGUCCUUGCAGACCGCCUUCUUCCGAAACACCCUGCACGACCCACAGUCACACACGCAACACAGGAGGAUGCAUGCGCACAUCCCUGCCCUUCGAAAAGGUAUCGUCUGUCUGGCUGGUGUCUCUCACGAUGUCGCUCGCAGCUCUUCCUUCGAGUGGGCGUACGUGCACUUGGGAUUAGUGCACUUGCCCUCCUGUCACCAUGCGGACAGACAGACAGACAGACAGACAGACAGAGAGGAAGCCGUAGUCAUCAGGACAGACAGUCUCAUCAAUCAAUUGUCAGACGGCCAUCUGGGUGUUGCGGUGCAGUGUGCUCACCUUGAGUAGCACUGGGCAGAGUGACGUGGCGCUCAGGUCAGGAGGGCCCCUGCGAUCCUCUGGCCCAUGAGCAAACCUGAUAGCACAGUGACAAAGGGGAAGAGAGAGAGAGAGAGAGGCAUAUCCACCACGGUGCCGAUCUCCCUCUCUUUCCCUGCCCAUCUGCCUUUCUCCUCCCUCCCUCCCUCCCUCCCUCCCUCGAGAACCCCGGGUGGCUCACUGUGCCGAUCUACUCUGAUCUGUCCCCCCUCCCUGUCCUAUUGACCACCCCGCCCCUCCACCCCUCACCCACCGGCAAUUGGGCCCGAGCGUGCACUUGCCCAGUUUGUACCAGCGACACAAGCUGCGCACAACCACAACCACAACCACACCCACGCGCACAUCCAUCCCGUCCCAUCCCCACCAUCAUAGAUCUGCCAGACAGACAAGGGAGCCAGAGCUGUCCGCCCACCUGGUCUUGUAGAACUGCAUGUGGUACAGAUUCCGAAAGCCUCCGCCUCCGCCACCCGCGUGCUGUACGUGUUGCGCCAUGUGUUUGCUCUUCGCUUCCGGCAGCAGUUGUUUGCUCUUCGCU